UUAUCAGUUACUAGCGCGUAAGUACUACUGGCGUGUUCGGCCGUUAUCAAAUUAUCCAACCACAACGGCACUGCUCACACUUCAAAUAGUUUUUUAUCUGCACACGCAUUUUUUUACCAUUCUCCCGUCUACUCCGCCUCAUUAGUCGAUAGCUCUCUCUCGAUUAUAAUGGGUUGACAAAUAUCAGUCAUCAAUUAUCCGUCCACACUUCUGUUCAGUAAAUAUCUGUGCUUUCAACGCCCAUGACUUCACGCGACACUUAAUCUUCACUCGACGCCUCAUCUUUCUUUUAACCACAGGACUGAAGCUCUUCUUUGACUUUACCUAAAAUGAAAUUUGCUGAACAUCUUCAAGCUCAUAUAACACCAGAAUGGCGAAAACAAUACAUCAAUUACGAAGACAUGAAGGUCAUGCUGUACAAAGCCAUAGAAGAAGCGCCUUCAUCGGAAUCUACAGAUCAAGAGAGUUUAUUUCGAAGAUUUACUCAAUUCGAUGAACAUUUUUUACAAUAUUGCGAGAAAGAAUUAGCUAAAAUAAAUGUUUUCUACUCGGAAAAACUUGCUGAAGCUAUGAGAAAAUUUUCUACAUUAAAAAGCGAAUUAGAUAUUCUCAGUUCUACUGCUACCAAAAUGAAAGACUAUAGUAAAAAGAAUGGUUUUACAAAACCAAAUUUACCUCAACGAAAGGUUCAAGAACUUAAACUAGCUUUUAGUGAAUUCUAUCUUAGUUUAAUAUUACUUCAAAAUUAUCAAAAUUUAAAUUAUACUGGAUUUAAAAAAAUAUUAAAAAAACAUGAUAAGCUACUAAACAAAGAAAGUGGUGCUAAAUGGCGUCAAGAACAUGUAGAAAUAUCUCACUUUUACACAAAUAAAGAUAUAUUGCGCUUAAUAAAUGAAACGGAACAUACUGUUACUAAUGAAUUAGAGUUUGGUGAUAGACAAAAAGCUAUGAAAAGGCUUCGUGUUCCUCCGCUUGGUGAAAAGCAAAGCCCAUGGACUACUUUUAAAGUAGGAUUGUAUUUGGGAUGUCUAAUAGUUUUGUUUGUUGCAAUAUUUAUAUCCGCUACAUUUGAAAACAAAACAAAUUUGAAACAAGCAUUCCGUUUGUAUCGUGGGUCAUUCCUGUUGAUAGAGUUCCUUUUCCUAAUUGGCAUUAAUGUUUAUGGGUGGCGUUCUUCUGGUGUAAAUCAUGUAUUAAUAUUUGAACUUGAUCCAAGGAACCAUGUAACUGAACAACAUAUGUUUGAAAUAGCUGGAAUCUUGGGAGUUGUUUUUGCACUUAGUAUUCUUGGCUACUUGUAUUCUGAAGCAUUGAGUAUACCUGCAUAUAUAAAUCCUUUAUCUCUAAUCACUAUUUUCUUUCUAUUGACAAUCAAUCCACUUAAAAUAUUUUACUUUGAAGCUAGAUUUUGGCUAUUACGUAUUCUGUGGAGGAUGAUAAGUGCGCCAUUCUAUUAUGUUGGAUUUGCUGAUUUUUGGCUUGCUGAUCAAUUAAAUAGUUUAGUGGUAGUUCUUCUUGAUGCUCACUAUCUUGUCUGUUUUUAUUUGUAUAAUGAAAACUGGUAUCAGUCUUCAGAGGUCAAAUUUAAUAUUGAAGAAUAUAUAGUAACAAAAUUAAUAGUUGGUUGUAUUCCUGCUUGGAUUCGUUUUGCACAAUGUUUACGGCGGUAUAGAGAUACAGGAGAAACUUUUCCUCAUUUAGCAAAUGCUGGAAAGUAUUCAACGACAUUUUUUGUUGUAUUUUCUAGAGCUUUAUUAAAAAAAUAUAAAAAUGAUUAUGAAGAUAAUUAUGAAAAUCCUUUUUUUUACACUUGGGUUCUUUGUGCAAUGAUUAGUUCUAUUUACACUUAUACGUGGGAUGUAAAAAUGGAUUGGGGAUUGUUUAGUAAACAUUCUGGUGAAUAUUUGUUUUUGAGAGAAGAAAUUGUUUAUGAUAAUACUGGAUAUUAUUAUUUUGCAAUCAUUGAAGAUUUAGUGAUCAGAUUUUUUUGGAUUCCCCAAUAUUUACUAACCAGUUACGGUUGGAUAAGUACAGAAAUGUCAAUAUCUAUAGCUUCACCUCUAGAAGUAUUUAGACGUUUUGUUUGGAAUUUUUUCCGUCUAGAAAAUGAACAUUUAAAUAACUGCGGUAAAUUUCGAGCUGUUAGGGACAUAUCAAUAGCCCCCAUAGAUUUUUCAGACUCUGCUCAAAUAGUAAGAAUGAUGGAUGAUGAAAUAGGUAUAAUGAAUAGACGUAAACGUAAAAGUAUACCAAAAAAAGCAUCCAAAGAAGAUAAAAUUCAAUUAAUAGUUCCAAACAACACAACAUAUUCUUUAGAGUUAUCUGAAUAAUCUUUGUAGUAGAUGUUUGUUAGAUAAUAUUUCCUAUAAUUUUAUUGCUUUUAAAAAUAUUAUUUUGUGAUAAUUAUAUUUUUAAAAUAAUACUUUAUCCGAUUAUUGUAUUUAGUAGAUAUAUUAAGCUCAAUUUAAAAUUAUUUCAGGAUUGAGUUUAUUUUUAGUAGAGUGUCUUAAUUUAUUUUUACCAAUAAACAUUAUUUUCUAAUGUAUAUUAGUUAUAAAUGUCAAAUAUAUUUUGUAUUUUCAUUUAGAAGUUAAAUUUUCUAAUAGAUAAAAUUUUAUUAGUCUGAUUUUAUAACAUAAUGAGGGUAUAAAAAUAAUAACUAAUAGUAUGCAAUGUAAUGUGAUAUUUAG